GCAAUGCCAUCUACACACAAGAACCCUAAAAAUUCCAGGAAGAAGUUAAAAUCUCGAGUUGGGUUUCCUUAAAGUCACAUACUUUCGAUUUGGGUUUCAUCGUACGAACACAACUAGAGAUCGUGUGAGAUCUGGUUCUCAAGCCUGGCAAAAGGGUCUCUCUUUCUGAAGAGAACAGCAAUGUGUAGUUUGUCGCCGAGUCUACUGUUACCGACAAGGCUCAAACCAGGUUAUUCAGACAGAAGGAGUAACAGUAGCAACUCACUCCUUGUCUCCAAUGGAAGAUCCAAGAGGAAGAACCAAUGCAUUGUUCCCAUGACAAGAUUGUUUGGACCAGCGAUUUUCGAAUCAUCAAAGUUGAAAGUAUUGUUUGUAGGGGUUGAUGAGAAGAAGCAUCAACCAACGCUCCCAAGAACUUACACGCUCACUCACAGUGACAUUACAGCUAAAUUAACUUUAGCUAUCUCUCACUCCGUUAACAACUCUCAGUUGCAAGGAUGGGCAAAUAAGCUAUACAGAGAUGAAGUGGUAGCAGAAUGGAAGAAAGUAAAAGGGAAAAUGUCGCUUCACGUUCAUUGUCAUAUAAGCGGUGGACAUAUCCUUUUAGAUAUAUUCGCAAAGUUUAGAUACUACAUCUUUUGCAAAGAGCUACCAAUUGUGUUGAAGGCUAUUGUUCAUGGAGAUGGGAGCUUGUUGAACAACUAUCCAGAGUUACAAGAAGCUCCUGUUUGGGUUUAUUUCCAUUCCAAUGUGGAUGAGUUCAACAGAGUUGAAUGUUGGGGUCCUCUUUGGGAAGCUACUACUACUUCACCUGAUGAUGGUCACAGGACUCAAACUCUUCCUGAGGCACACUGUGUGGAUGAGUGCAGUUGUUGUUUCCCACCUGUUAUCUCGAUUCCCUGGUCUCAUAGUCUUAGUAAUGAAGUAUCUAAUGAUUACCCUGGGGCUCAGGCCGAGGGAAUGUCUACUCCUAAUCCUGAAAAACACUAAUUAAACAAAAAACUUUUUGGUGGUUUGUAAAUUGUGAAUGAAAUGGAAAGAUCAUUGGUUUGGUUUGGUGUACAUAAAGUGGUGUAGGAAACUAAUGAUUGUUUGUAGGUUUGAUAAUACAAAGUUUUAAAAGUGUUUAAUACUUUGCGUCUUC